GCAGACUCCGAGAGUCGUUUUCGUCGCUCCGCCUCUCUCGCACUCAUAGGGCGUACCGUACAGGUGCGGGAGAGACAGAGCGACGAAAACGGCUCACGGUCUGCAGUGUAGGAAGCGGAGACGGUUUUACAAGUGCCUGGCAACCCCAUUCUCGGUCGCGCAGCAACCAGCAUGGAGUGAUAAUCUAAUCGGACAGAAAAUAGUUCACCUUAUUCUGUCCUCGACUUGUCAGUGGUUGACCGUGUCCGCAGCAGACAGCGUCCCAGAGCAGUGCGUCCUCGCGUCUAGUGAAAGCAACAAGAAUGCAGCCCCUCUUGGUCGUGCUGUUCCUCUGUGGACUCAUUGCUUGCCUAAUCAAAUUCGUCCGGGACCGGCCGCCCAUGUUCCCGCCAGGGCCACCACGCCUGCCCGUCUACGGCGGCUACCUGCACCUGCUGGCCUACAACUACCGCUACACGCACAAGGGGCUCGUCGCCAUGGCCGCCAAGUACAAGUCCCCCGUGCUGGGCAUGUACUUCGGCUCCUCGCCCACCAUCAUCACGACCGACUUCGCGUCGACCAGAGAGCUGCUGCUCAAGCCCGAGUUCCAGGGCAGGCCGGACAUUUUCACCGCCCGGCUGCGCAGCUUCAACGAGCUGUGGGGGAUCUUCUUCACGGAGGGGCCCCUCUGGGCGGAGCAGCGCCGCUUCUCGCUGCGCCACAUGCGGGACUUCGGCUUCGGCCGCCGCUUCGCCAAGAUGGAGGCCGCCACCGAGGAGGAGGUCCGCACGCUGCUGGACUCGAUUCGCAGCCCCGUGGCCGCCGAAAAGGGCAUGGUGCGGGACGGAGAGGUGCUGCUGCCCGACCUGCUGUACCCCGGCUUCAUCAACGCGAUGCUGGAGACGCUGACGGGCGAGCGCGUGCCGCGAGACCGCCACGACAAACUGCGCGGGCUGAGCCGCGCGGUGCGGCUCUUCCAGCGGCACGUGGAGCCCAGCGGCGGCGCCGUCAACAUCACGCCCUGGGCGCGCCACCUGCUGCCCGACACCAUGCGCGUCACGGGCUUCCAGCGCGGCAACCAGGGCGUGCUGGACUUCGUGGACGAGUUGCUGGAGAAGGAGAAGGGCUCCUUCGACGAGAACGCGCUGCGCGGCUUCGUCGACGUGUUCCUCGCCGAGAUGCACAAGCGACCGGACUCUCACUUCACAGACAAGCAGCUGGUGAUGGUGCUGGUGGACUACCUGUUCCCCGUGUCCACCGUGCCCCCCGUCACCGUGGCCAUGGCGCUGUCCUACCUGGCGCAGCACCCCGACAAGCAGGACGCCGCCCACCGGGAGAUCGUCGCGGUGGUCGGCAGGGGGCGGCUGCCCACCCUGGACGACCGGCCCAGCCUUCCCUACACUGAGGCCAUCCUCCGAGAGGUUCUGCGCCUGGACACCAACACAGUGCUGUCCGUGACACACAAAUGCACGGAGGACACGUUUUUCCGCGAGUACUUCGUGCCGAAGGGCACGCUGCUCAUCCCGAACAUCUGGGCCGCCAACCGCGACCCCGCCGUGUUCGAGAAGGGUGACGAGUUCGUGCCGGAGCGCUUCCUGGACUCCAGGACGGGGACGCUCAAGAAGAAGGACCCCACGAUGGCCUUCGGACUCGGCAAGCGGCUGUGCGCCGGGGAGACCUUCUCCAGACAGACCAUGUUCCUGUACCUGUCGGCGCUGCUGCAGAACUACUCUUUCGCCGUCUCCGCCGACGGCUACCUGCCCUCGGAGGAGGACAUGAUCCCCGGCGUGCUGGUGACGCCCAAGUCGUUCUGGCUGCGCGUCGCGGAGCGGCCGUGACCGACGAAGCCGUCUCUGUGAGUCGCGUGUCUUUCGGAAGUGCACGGCUGUUACUCCACUACAAACCGAAGGACAACGAAUUUAAGUUUGCAUGGAAACUGAAUAAGACGAGUUGAACUUGGAUUGCGGAUCCAGAUCACACACGCGCCACAUGACUGCCAUUUUGAGAUUCUGUUUGUUGUUCUCGCACGUGUCGUCUGCUACGGUAGCAUUUGUUUUUCAGAAUGACAAGCAGGCUAUGCACCAUGCGAGGUGUUUGCACAUUUUUUUUAAAAGUGUUCUCAUGUCGUUGUAGUGCUUAAUUUACAGGAUGACUUUAAACGAUUCGGUUCAAAAGCAGUGGCGGGUGCCAAGCCGUACCGGCCGUACCAGCCGAGAAAGCAGACAAGAAAGCGGCGAUACCCCGUGUACGACUCGCCAGCGAUACCCCGCGAGACCACUUGCGGCGGCGAUACACCAAGCCACGACGCCGCAUCGGGCGGGCUCUUCGUUUCGGAGGACAGGGUCGAGGCGAAGAAAGACAGCCGUUUCAGUAAUUUAAAAAAUGGUAUUUUAUUUGUCUGAGUGAAAAUGCACUUUCAAUACAGCCGACUUGGAAUGGUUGGCACGAGGCCCCAGGGCGUUUCCGAGAAAGGCACGGAGAGGGACGGUUAACAUCAACAAUCAAGAACAAGACGAGGAGACAGCCACACAGUCCCAAGGAGAACAGUUAGUCAAAAUCUGGUCACCACGACAUCAAAUGAUGUCAUUACGCCAUCAAAAUGGACUAAAAUUUGACUAAAAUCGUUCAUUUUGUGGUCAUGUUUACAUCAUUUGGACUUUUUUGUUGCCCCCUGGCAUCGAACAUAAUCGACAAUACAAACUAGAAGGAAAGGAAACGGGUGUCGCCUGGAGGCAAGGCCACAGAGAAACAACGUCCCUGCAACUGCAUGCCAGUUUGCCGACUUAAACCUAUUUCCAUUUAGUAUAAAGACUAACAAAUACAGUAUUAAUAAAAUACGUAUUAUGUACGGAUCA